GUGAGAGGAUGGAGCAAAUAGAAUUUGUCCGAAUACCCAAUUAUCUUUUAGAAGAGAAUAAAAUUCAUUUUCUAAAAUCAGUCGAGUCUCGUUCAAACCAACUGUGAUAAACAGUCAUUAAAACGAAAGAGUAGUUACUUUAUCCCUUUAGCGCCGUUGGUUCUGAAACCCCACCAUUCGUUCUACUGCCCAAUUGAAAUCGCCAUUGUCAAAAUUCAAAGUGCCAUCUUCACUGGUUUUUUCUCGAUUUGGAGCACGCAUUCUACCUGUUUGUUAAAUUGUUUCAAUGGCUUUCUCUUUCUCUUCCUUCCUCAAGUGCCACCCAUGGCCUCAAUCUCAAAAUCUACCAAACCCCUUAACUUUGCCUCCUUCUUUGCAUUCUCCUAAACCCAUUUCUCUCCCAUUUUCAACCCCCCAAGAACGUGUUCCUUCAGUUUCUGCCUCCAAUUCAUCUUCUGUUUCAGCUGUUUUACCUUCCAAAGCAAAAGAACUCUUACCUGAGUUCACUCCAAAACAACUUCUAGACACCCUUCGUAAAGAAAAUGACGAAACUUCAGCUUUUCACCUCUUUGAAUGGGCUUCUAAGCAACCCCAUUUUAGACCAACUUUGUCUAUAUAUGAGGAGAUUCUUAGGAAGCUUGGAAAUGUGGGGUCUUUCGAUUCGAUGAGGCGAGUAUUGGAUGAUAUGAAGAAAUUGCAGGUUGAAUUUGUUGAAGGUACUUUCUUUAUCUUUAUUGAAAGUUAUGCAAAGUUUGAUUUGUAUGAUGAAGCUAUUGGGGUUCUUGAUAUGAUGUGGAAAGAGUUUGGUAUAAAGCCUGGAACCUAUAGUUUCAAUUUGUUGUUGAAUGUUCUUGUUGAUGGAAAUAAGUUAAAACUUGUCGAAAAUGUGCAUAGUAGAAUGUUGGAUGAAGGGGUAAAGGCGGAUGUAUCGACUUUUAAUAUAUUGAUUAAAGCUUUAUGUAAAACACAUCAAAUUAGGCCAGCUAUUUUGAUGAUGGAGGAAAUGCCUGUCCAUGGUUUGGUGCCGGAUGAGAAGACGUUUACGACGAUAAUGCAAGGUUAUAUUGAGGAAGGGAAUUUAGAUGGUGCAUUGAGAAUUAGGGAUCAAAUGGUGGCAGCUAAAUGUCCUGCAAGUAAUAUUACUGUGAACCUUUUGAUUCACGGGUACUGUAAAGAAGGCAGGAUUGACGAAGCUCUUAAUUUUGUGCAAGACAUGUGUAGUCGAGGUUUUUCUCCGGACCAAUUUACCUUUAACACUUUGAUAAACGGUUUAUGCAAAGCAGGGCAUGCUGUCCAAGCCUUGGAUAUUUUGGAUUUAAUGCUUCAAGACGGGUUUGACCCCGAUGUAUAUACUUAUAAUAUUUUGAUUUCUGGACUUGGUGAAGUGGGUGAAGUCCAAGAGGCUAUUGAGCUUCUCAAUCAGAUGCUUGUAAGGGACUGCUCGCCUAAUACAGUCACUUAUAACACCAUUAUUAGUGCUUUGUGCAGGGAGAACCAAGUCCAAGAAGCUACUGAGUUUGCUCGUGUUCUUACAAGCAAGGGAUUCUUACCUGAUGUUUGCACUUUCAAUUCUCUCAUACAAGGUCUCUGCUUCACCGGCAAGUUCAACGUUGCAAUGGAACUGUUUGAAGAAAUGAAAAACAAAGGGUGCGAGCCAGACGAGUUCACUUACAAUAUCCUAAUUGAUUGUCUCUGUACCAAAAGGAGAUUAGGUGAAGCUAUGAACCUACUCAAAGAUAUGGAGUCAAGCGGCUGUGCAAGAAGCGUGAUAACAUACAAUACUUUGAUAGAUGGCUUCUGCAAAGACAAGAAAAUUGAAGAAGCAGAAGAGAUCUUCGACCAAAUGGAACUACAUGGGGUUUCUAGAAACUUGGUCACCUAUAACACUCUCAUUGAUGGUCUUUGUAAGACCAGGCGGGUUGAGGAGGCUGCUCAGCUUAUGGACCAGAUGAUACUGGAAGGACUAAAGCCUGAUAAAUUCACAUUUAAUUCCAUUCUUUCUCACUUCUGCAGAGCAGGUGAUAUAAAAAAGGCAGCAGACAUUGUGCAAACCAUGACAUCAAAUGGGUGUGAACCAGACAUUGUUACGUACGGGACCCUAAUCCAGGGACUAUGUAAAGCAGGUAGGGUUGAGGUUGCAAGCAGGCUCCUCAGAAGUAUUCAAAUGAAAGGAAUGGUUUUGACCCCACAGGCCUAUAAUCCUGUAAUUCAGGCACUCUUCAGACGGCGGAGAACCAAGGAAGCCGUAAGACUCUUCAGAGAAAUGGAGGAAACGGCUAAUCCUCCUGAUGCUUUUUCUUAUAAGAUUGUUUUCCGUGGUAUUUCUUCUGGUGGGGGACCCAUUCAAGAAGCUGUAGAUUUUUCUAUUGAGAUGAUGGAAAAAGGACACAUUCCUGAAUUCUCCUCAUUCUACAAUCUUGCUGAAGGACUGUAUUCUUUGUCUAUGGAAGAUACGCUAAUUAAGCUUGUUGGCAUGAUCAUGAAGAAAGCAAACUUCUCAGACAGUGAGGUUACCAUGGUUAAGGGUUUCCUGAAAAUCCGGAAAUACCAAGAUGCACUGGCUACUCUUGGCCGUGUCUUGAAUAGCAGAAAUCCCAAAAGGACAUACUGGGAUUAAGAAAUGAUCCAAAGUAGAGGUCCAGAAACUAAGGAAUCAAAAUGUAUCAGUUGCUUGCUAUGAUAGUAAUCAGUGGCUAAAUUUAUCCACUCAGUUUACGGGAAUCAAUGGGUUCCUAUUUUGGCCAUCUCUGAAAUAAUCUCUUUAAUGAGUUACAAGUCAAAUAAUGUGGACACUUCCAAGCUUCACGCAGUUCUCUAGUAGGCUUAAAUAAUGUAUUCAUAUAUUUUCCUUUUGACAUUCCAAUUUGAGCAAAUAUUUGCUAAGGUUGUCGCU